AUGCAGAAGGUUUACAACACUGGUCGUAUGAAGAGGGUUUUCCAGGUUGGUGAUUGGGUAUAUGUUAAGGCAAGACCCUUUCGUCAACUUACUCUGGGUUCUCAUACACACCCAAAGCUUGCUCCUCGCUUCUACGGGCUAUAUCAAGUUCAAGAGCGGAUCGGGAAGCUAGCGUACCAUCUUAAGCUCCCAGCAGAUGCGAAAGUUCACUCUGUGUUUCACGUCUCUUGCUUGAAGCUUGCUAGUGGAGAUGCAGACACGUUUAGUACCCAUAAUCCUUGA